UUUACACCGUAUGCCCCCUUCAUCUGACCUGAAAUGAGAGCAAAUAGCAAAAGGAAGGAAGAGCUUCUGAUCUGGAAAUCUUAAAAAACCUGCUCUUGCCUCUGAAGCAACAGUAAAAACAGAUGGAGGUCCUGACACACAGUCAAAUGUUGGACAGGAAUAGAAGAAAGUCCAGAAAUGAGGCCAGUAGUUUCAUCUACCCAGACUUGGACACUCUGUUUCAUUUGGUUUCUGUUUCCUAAAGCAGUUACAUUGACAUGAUUUACAAGCUCCUGUGCUCCAGUGAGAUUUAUCUGCGGUACUUUGUCUCUUGGUGUUCAGGCAACAAUGAAAUUAGGCUCCGUCAUGUCGUCAGAGUGACAUGGAGACGGCUGAGGCCACUCGGAGGAGAGAGGUCAACUUUGGCAUCCCUGGCUGUCACGUCUUACAAAAGACUGCUGUAAUUGCUUCAGCCGAGCCACAGAUUGCACAGUGGCUUCAGAUGUUAGUGGACACAAUGGUUGGAGUUUCUCAAACGCAGAGCUGAGGGGUCGGCGGACGACAGGAGCCUCUGACGGUGGCAGCUCUUAGUUUAACAGGGGCAGUGAGGUCAGCUCCUCUACAGGCGCUGUUUGGACUCGGCUCGGGUUUCCUGUUGCCUUUGCCCCCUUGUGUCAGCUGUCAGAGUCGGCACGAACAAAGUGACCGCUGCAACAACUGUCUGGGAAAACCCUGCUGCAUACAGAUCUGUGUUUACAUAAGGGAGCUUGUCUGCUUAUAGUAAGGCUCUCACAGCUUUGACCUCUGUCGAUCCUGUUUUUUUACUGUAAAUACCUUUUAUAACAUGUUUUGUCUGAAACUGCCACUGUGAAUGAUUCAAUUUGUACAACAAGUCUUAUUGUAAUAAGUAGUGAUGAUUUUUGCAGCCGGUUUGUAAAGUUGAAAUAAAAAUAGGCAAAACAAUACAUAGUUGGCAUAGUUUAUCCUCAUAUGUGACUGACGAAUCCUUUACUAAUGCUUCAUCUGUUCAUUUGUUUAGCUGCUCCAACUGGAUUUUGUUCUUUUUUAUCAGUUUUUCACAAUUGGAGGCAGCAGAUAAUUCUGUAAAAAACAACUUUUGAGUGUUUUAAUGUGAAAAAGUUUGGAUCAUGUUUGCAGAGUUUUCCAUUUACACAUUCAGGAGGAGCAAAAGCUAGACUGGCAUAUAUUAAGAGUAGUCCAUUUUCCACCUAAGUUUAGUAUUCACCGUCUUUUUAGCUGUUUUUGAGAGCUCUUUGGGAAUUAUCCGUCUAAUAAUACUCCACCGUGUUUAAUACCUGCUUUAAUUUAUUUGUUUCACUGUUUCAUUUUAGGUUAUUAUCAAAAGAAGCAACCAAAAAGAGAAACUUAUACUUUAAGUGACUACAGAGGUAGAUUUUUAGUAAGACUACGCUUCUGUGGGCAGAUGAGAUUACUUCAUAUGAAUGUCAGUGUGUAGAUUAAAAGUAAAAGUUUACAAAUACUGUAUUGUACUACGCUCUGUUAAUAUAUAACACAUAUGUUCAUAUUUGACAGAUAUCACAUUUAAUGGUGGUGGCCCUGACUUUUCUCUGAGGUUUCGGUAAUAAAAAUGCCUCAUGUCGCAAUGGUAGACAUGAAACAGCUUGUUUUUUUACCGCUCCAUUUUAAGUCUGGUAGACGCAUCAUCUCUGGAUGCCAGUUCUUAACCUGCCCCUGGAGAAUACUGUUGGCAUUGAAAAAGCUGCUGAAAUACACUGAGUGAUUGAGGUACAGUUUAUCUGAUACAGUUCUCUACUGACAUACUUUCUCUGACUCAUUCAGCCAAAUUUUGAUGUCAGUUCAGUCUCGGCUAAAUGGGUUACAAACACAAAAUAAAAUCAUAGUGGAGGGUGUGAUGCCUGAUUCUGUAAGAGGUAUUUAAGCAGAACUUUUCCCAACUGUGUUUAGUCUUCUUUGACUUUCACUAUGUGAACGAUAUGCUGCCAUCUAGUGGGCAAAGUCCUGACAUUACAAGAGGGGAGCGUUGUUAUUUUACCAAUCAAGACAUCUUUAUAUUCAUUUCACAGCUGUAAUAAUAUGUUAGUCAGACAAAUUUGCAUCAAAAAAUAAUCUAAGUUAUAAAGGAAAAUCAAAUAUUAAAGGUCAAACACUUGAUUUCUCCAACUGUGUCUUUUCUGGCGUCGUAUUCAAUCUACUUUUUAAAAUAACCUAAAAAUGUAUUUUAACAAUGCAUGAGUGCAGCCAAGAGUACAUUAUGUUAUGUUAUGUUAAUAUACAUGCUACAAAUUUCCAGCUCCUAAAUAAUAGAAACAGUAAUAUGAAAAACCAACCAAACUUUCUGACAGUGAGAACAGUGAGAAAACCUUCAUUUUUUUUAAGCAGUAGAUGCUUUAAUGAAGUUUGUGUGCAGUAAACAGACAUGUAUAACCAAAAAAAUCCCUUUCAAUUCCAAAAUCCUGACACACUGAAAAUAUGGCCUAUCGGAGUGUCUACUUAUACGUUGUUCUCUUUUUUAUGUUUAAAUGAAUUGGUACAGUAAGGAGAUGUCAAGUGUUGUUCUAUUUAGAGGGGAAUUUGUUUGCACCGUUGCUAAGUUCCUGCUUUUGUUGGAUGCCCUGCUAAGCUCAGCCCACUAAACUUAAUUCUUUUUGUUUAGAAGGAUAAAGGCCGUCGUUACCAGGCAGCACUUUUUACGGUUGUGUCUGUAAUCAAACUUUGUACUACUCUGCAGCUUUCCUAUGUCUCCUGACAGAAGAACAAAUAGUCCAGUGAGGUCAAUUUCAAACUGGAUAUCCAAACUUUCUAGAGAAGUGACAGGACGGAGACAAACUGUUUUGUAUUUUUCAAAAUGGCUCCAUUCAGUUUGUUUCGCCCACUGACCUCAGUGAGUUUUGAAGACAAAGCCCAGUUCUCUGCACAUCAGCAGCUUAUUUUUAAACGAAGCCAACAGUUCAAACUCCCAGAGAUGGAAAACCGAAGAGUGGACGUGUGGAGCAUCAAGCCGCCAGAUUUUUCCUUAAAGCUGUACAAGUCUCUGACAGUCCCUCAAAGGAAAGACAGAAAAAAAGGAGAUACAAGCCGAGCUGUUUCGCAGCCUGAGGUAACAAAGAGGAGAACCACAGUGACUUUACCAACAGUUUUAAAGGAGGGUCACCACCGGACGAAAGAGCCUCUGAAGUUCAUCACACUGUACAGGCCUCCUGAUGCUCUGGAGUCUGAGCUGAUGUUUGUCAGGACUGGGAAGUAUCCUUCUGAGCUGUACAGGAACCCCAAACCGCAUGACUUCAGACCGGUGAGUGCACCUGCAGAUACACAAAUAUGUUGUGUGUUAACUUGAAAACAAAAUGUAGUUAUCAUGCAAACAGUACAGAAGAGAGGGUCCUGUUUGGAUGAAAUAUUUGCUGAGAAUUAAGUACUUUGUGUUUCAACACUUCAAGUAAAUACGUGAGUAAGUACUUUUUUACUUUACUUGGGCGAGGUUAUCAAUGCAGAACUUUUACUCUUAGAGGAGUAUGUGUACAGUGUGGUACAGGCGCCUCAGUAGUUUUAAUAUGUCAUUUAACCACAAGAUGGCGACAAACACUAUACUAAAACUUUUACCUUUCUGUUUCCAUCUCUGAUCAAAGCUUGAUGACGACCUUCCAGACAUAGUGACCACAUAUGAGAAAGACCCUGGUAACCUGAAAUUCAAAUUAAGAAAUCUGGAUAUUAGUAAGUAAAGUGAAUACUCUUCUCUAAUAUUUACAUCUUUACGUAUGUGAGUUUAGACUGAUGCUUUGUCUUUGUGUUUUAGUGUACCAGCAUUGAAAGUUUCCCAAAAUGUUAGAUGUUGGAUGCACAAUAACUGAUUAAACAACAUCUACUGUGUGAUCUUUUCUAGUUGGGACCACUAGAUCUGAGUCAGGCUGCACAUCAGGGGAUGACAAGUCAAAGAUGGACACAUUCAAACCUCCAGAGCCACAGUGGGAUGCAAAGCUCAUUCUGCCUCAAGCGCCCUGGCCUCCAAAAUCAGCUUCCUUCACUGUUAGUAGUAUUUUAGUUUGUCAGCUGCAUUAUGAACCAUCUAUGUUACUGCGCUAGAAUAUUUCACACUUCAGAGGGUGAAACUGAAGUUUUUUCCCCAAGUACAUGUAUAUGACUGUCUGAUUAAGGUUUCAUACACUAAAAAUCAGAGUCAUUAAUUACUUAACUAUGUAAAACACCUCCAAUUACUUUUGGUCGUAGGUUUAUACAUAGAUCGGUCCCCAACAUGUCUCAACAACCAAGAAAUAAAGUCAUGCAAACAUGCUGAUUUAAAGCUGCAAAAACAUGAAGUAGCAAUGAUUAUUUCUUGUCUUCUCUAAAUAUUAAUUCUCUCUUAAUUCUGACGUUGGUUGUUUGCUUCACAGAGACACAGGCGGAGACGAGGAGCAUACAGCGCCUUCUUGGACCGUGUCGAGGCAAAACUGUCAAAGUCAUGGAAAAAUAAGUCAUGACUUUGCAUUUAUAAUAAACUGUCCAAAUGUUUAACAUAAAACUCCAUAAAGAGCAAAAUAAUAUAGAUAUAGGACAGAUUUAUAAUGUGACAAAUUGAUUAACCCCUCAAUGACUGGACACUGCAGGACAGACACUGUAAGUUAUACUUUAAUUUGCCAGUGAUACUUUUCUUGAGUAAAUAAGCAGUAUAAAUAUGUGACUGAGUAUCUAGUACUGAGUAAUGACUGAAGAGCAAAGAUGAAAUAAAAAGGACUGAGUUCAUGUGACAUUCAGAGAUUUCUAGGGCUUCAUGUUGAGGGCAGAAGACACUCAGUGACUCUGGUGUCAUAAAGGUCAUCACACCACAUUAUGGACCCUGCUGGUCCCUCUGACAGCUGUUCCUUUGGUACCCCAAGAACGAUAACCAUGUGAGCCCUGCACAUGUUAAAGGCAUUUCUGAAAUAGCUGCACAUAUGCGUUUAAUGAGUCAUCUGUGCAGAACUCACGGACUAAAUAUAAAAUGAAAAGAAUAUUUACGGCAUUAAACCCAAAGACCCCCGGGGCGUCGUGUGCUUUUCUUGUUUGACUCCAUUCCUAUCCUUUCCUUUUUUUAUUUUUUUUUAACCUGUUUUUGGUCUUGAAAAUAAAAAAAUUAAAGCUUAGCACAGCUGAGGCUUAAGAUGAGACCAUUACUUGAAAUGCAAUUUUAAAAAUGGUCCCUGUGGUGUGCUGUCUGUUUAAAAUUCUCCAUAUAGCGUCAAUUUAACGGACUAAAAUACCUGACUGUUUAUUUAGUAACCAUUUAGUGUCCAUUUCAUGUACAUUCUUAUUCAUUGCAGGCUGCAAAAAACAGUGACGCGUGCAUUUGGAAAGUAAAGUGUUGAUUUUGAUUAAAUUAAGUUGGAUGAUAAAAACAUGAAAAUGGUGAUGUGGAGUCAGUAUCUUAAGAAUAUGUUUACAAGUUUACAUAUGAAGAUUUGAAGACAGUAGCACUAUGCAAAACAUGAUUUAAAUGGGGUUUUGUUUUUUUUUAUUUUACUUUAUUCAGCAAAAAUCUGCUUUUGUGAUUUAAUUUUUGCUCUUUGACAAUUAAAGGUACCAUGUGUAAAAAUGAGAAUAUCUAGUGAUAUCCUAUGGUCAGAUUGGUACAGUGAUGUUGGCCUGCUAGAACAGUAAGCUGCUGUGAUUUGUCUACCAUUUACCAUCAAAAUUAUCAACGAAAACAAUCUCCCUUCUCUCCUUUAUAGUCCACCUGGUGCAUUUCAGGCAGCCAAUUUUAAAAUACUAAAAAUGCAUAUACCUCUUACUAGCUUGUCCUUCUUGAGCCACUGUUGAAAUGUAGCUUGCAAUAUGGGAGCCACUGUAGACAGGGAUCCGCUCUUAUGCAGCCUUUAAAAUAGUAAAAAACUAGCUCCCUGUCAAGCGUACACCCAUAGACUGUAUCUUGAAUGGACAGCGUCUGCCUCCUCGCUGGGUGAAGCCACUCCGAGAACAGCACCCUCUGUUGGCGGGGUACAGUAUAGGUCAUAAAUCCCGCCUCCGCCAGCAAAGUUUAUGGAGCUGUGGACAAACUUUAGAAAUUUAUUACACAGAGUAUAAUUUUUUCUCCCACCUGGUUAGAAUUAGGAUUAGGGUUAGGAGAGUCAGAAGUGCGAUAAUGUUCUGUUCGAUGUACAAAGCCGACAGCCCGCGAUUGGCUUGAGCGUGUGAUGAUGUUUCCAGCUUUUCUUGCCAAUCAGAGGCAAAGGAUGCGGGACUUUCCCCUACAAAAAAAAAAAAAAAAUCGCGCCCAGGGGAUACACUGUUUGAGCCGAGUGUCAUCACAGCAACUAUCAGUGAAUCUCCCGCCGAAUGCGCCCAAUGCUGGUGCGCAAUGUUGGUUACAGGAAAUGGAGCGAAAAUGCAGAAUUACAGAGCUUUUCGGCUUCAAAUCCAUACCGGCAGAAGGCAGAACCAAGUUGUCCACAGUACAUACAGUCUAUGCGUACACCAUUAUCACUUUUUUUAGUUUACCAAUGUAAGCAGCUGUACAAACUAUCUUUAUUUAUCAAGCACAAGUUUAAAG